CACUGACUUCACCCACAUGACACGCGAUUACUAUACAUACAUACAUUUCAAAAUGUAGUCUUUGACGAGUCGGUACAGAAUAAGUUUGCUUUAUUUGGAUUUUUAGAGCUUGUGGGGUGGUGUGUAGCUUGAAUAUGGAUAACUUUUAAUCAAGGAAAUCGGACCCACCCAAAAUGGAAAGGAGGCGACCACCUAGGCCCAAGUCAAGAACAGACUCAAGUAGUGCCAGCAUUGAGAGGUCAGACGGUGGUCGGCUGAGAGGAGACGGCGGGGGUAGUAGCGACGAUGACACCAGGGAGUUAAGGCACCGCCUCCAGGAGGAAGCCUCCUUCUACAGGAGGCGCCUCGACACCUACAGGCAAGCGCAGCAGAACCAAGCGGCGCUCAUCAGCAGACUACAAGCUAAGGUCCUACAGUACAAACAAAGGUGCUCCGACCUCGAAGCCCAAAUGGAACAUCAGCUUAUAGAUCAACCACCAUCAUUAACUCCAUCAACGUAUCCAACCACCUCACCAAGGACUCCAAGCACAGCUUUGGAGUUGGCACAACAGCACCUCAAAGAAAUUAAAGAGGAGAAAAUCACAGAUUUGGAUAGCGCUUUGAUGAAACUGCAAGAAGAACGAAGAAAAUCGGAGAGACUAAUGCAACAUAACCUUUCCUUGAGGGGACAACUAGAGGAAUCACAUCGUACAAAUGAAGUCCUGACCGCUGACCUACAGAAACUUACAAACGAUUGGGAAGCACUACGAGAAGAAAUGCUUGUAAAAGAAGACGAAUGGAAAGAUGAGGAACAAGCAUUCAACGAUUAUUACUGUACAGAACACAACAGACUGCUCAACUUAUGGAGAGACGUAGUGGCUGUGAAGAGACUAUUCUUGGACAUACAAGUUGAUACUGAAAGAGAUUUAAGUAAAUUAAAAGGAGAAGUGGUAGGAUUUGGAAAGGAUAUGAUUUUGGCGUGUAGCAAGAUAGAUGGCCGAUCAAUAGCUGCCGAUGUAUAUGGCGGAAAAGAAAAAUAUCACCUGGAACAAGAAGUAUUACACUUAAGGACGGAAAUCGAAGCGUUGAAUGCUGAACAUCAACGUUGCAGUAGCGAACUGAAGAUUAAAGAGGAAAGGAAUCAGCAACUCCUCAAGGAUCUGCAAACAAUGGAAGAACGAUGUGUCGAAACAGAACAAAACUACGGACAAGUGAUGAAAAUGCAGGAAGACAUGGAAAUACUACAUAACGCCCUACGAGAUAUAGCCCACUUUCUUAUACAAGAUGCGGAGGCUAAGGACCUUGAUAUAUUACAAGCUACACAUCUUCAUCUCACAACUACUACCCCAGUACCAGAAAAAUCUCCAAAACGAAAGGCUCGCAGCAUCGCUUCACCAGCAGCUUUUGCAGAAAGCACGAUAUCUGCUGUGCAGGCCGCCAUCCAUAAAUAUCAAUCACUUCUUCAUGAACUACAGGUAAAACUCCAGUCACAGAAGGAGCAACUUUUGUUAGUUCGCAAGCAAUUAGAAAAUUCAGAAGAUAACGUAGCUAAAUUGGAGGACCGUAACAGAGAUUUAGUGUCACAGCUGGAUAUGUGCAGAGCCCACAGUACCCAACUGACGCAGGAGAAGGACAUGCUGCAAAAAAAUUUGGAAACGGUCAGAUCGGAAAAGGCGCAACUGGACAGGGCGCGUUUAGAGGUAACUGCUAUGGUUGAAUCUCUCAACCUGGACUACGACAGGUUACAAAAAUCAAACCAAAAUUUGCAAAAAGAACUGAGCAAUGUUCAGAGCGAGAGGUCCUUCUUACAAGCUGAAGUCGAGAGGCUGAACCAAGAAGCAGAUUUAAGAGAAAUUGCAUUGAGAGGUGAAGAAGACAGAUGCAGUAGAAUGAGAGAGGAACUCUUGUCAGUGAGAGAAGAACUAAACAAAUUAUAUUUAUCCAACGAUAUGCUCGAAGCUCAAAAGCUGGAGACUGAGAAUAUUAUAGCGAGCUUGGAUAAAGCAAAAGCUUUACUUGAAAUGGAAGUGGACAAAAUAUCAUCAGAUAGAACUGAUGUGCAUGACUCAUUGGUCAAGAAAGAGACUAUAGCCAGUAAUCUAGAACUAGACAAUAAGAGAUUGUUGGAGGAACUAAAAAGGGUUGAAGAAGAAAAAGCGGCUUUACAGCACCUUUCUAGUGAUCACCAGAAUGAUAUUCAAUCAUUGAAAAAAGAAUUAUUACAAACCGAGCAACAGAAACUUUGUCUAGAAUCGGACAAAACUUCAUUAUCCGAAAAAUGCAAAUUUCUGGAAAUCGAAAGAGGAAAGAUUGAAAUGGAACUGAAUCAAGUAACAAGAGACCGAAACGACUUAAGCAAUCAGUUAACUGUCUUGGGAAGAAAGAAUGAUUCCCUUACGGAGGAACUAAUGAGAUGUCGACAAAAACUAGAACAAGUGAACGAAACCAAUGCUCGUGUGAACAGGACUUUAGAAGAAUUAGUGAAGGAGUGCGAGGAGAAGCAGUGCACGAUAGACACAAUGGACAAAGACAAUCAACGACUCCAAGAACGCAUUGCAGCACUAAGAUCAGAAAAAGAAGCUUUGGAAGCUGUCCUGUUCGAAGCUCAAACAAAUCUGGAGGCAUCAGAAAUUAAUAACGCUCAGUUAGAGAAAGAGCAAACGGAGCUACUUGUGAAGCAAGAACAAUUGAAGGCUCAAAUUACCAAGCUGACCAAGGAUUUGGAAAGAUCCGAAAAGAAAUGCAUUGAAACUAGGAAUUCUUUGACACAAGCGGCGGGCAACAAAGAGAUGGAAUAUAAACAAAUAAUUGACAAACUUAAGCAACAAAAUGAGGACAAUAUAAAGAAACUCACCGACGAAAGGGAGAGCAUCAGGAUAGCUUUGGAAAAACGACUUCAACAGUCACUGCAACAACUUGGCAGUGAAAAAGGCGCUGAGAUUCAACGUUUGGUACAGCGAAUUGAGAAUCUACAGAACCACAUUGAAAAUCUGUGUCAACAACACGAAGAAUUGAUGUUACGAGCCGAAAAUGACAAGCAACAAGCAUUGCUCAUAGCUCAUCAUGAUCAACAAGCUCUUCACGACAAAUUAGAAGAAACACGACGAGACUUUGAAAAUGAAAGAGAUGCUCUAGAACGCUUGAGGAGAGAAGCUAACAGCCGGCUAGACCAAGACAGGGCUAGCAUUAAUCAACUUAAAGAAGAAAUCAAUAAGUUAAGAGCAAAAAUGGAAGAGGCAAAGACAAAACAUGAAGACGAACGUAAUAAACUGGUACAGAAAAUCGAAGAGACGAAGAUGGAAAGAGAUAGCUGUCAGACAGAGGCUGAAAAUUUGAAACUUCAAUUGAGUUUAUGUGAAGAUAAAGGAGAAAGUAUAAGUAAUCAACUGCAUGAAACUAUCAGAAAACUCAAAGAAGCUGAAAACAGUUCAGAGGCUUUGAGAAAAGAACUUAUGGACGUCAGAAGAGUGUUGGGUGAUACAAAUGUUGAAAAGGAAAAAUAUCAUGAAACAAAUAGAGAUCUAAGAGAUCAUGUAAAACGGAUGGAAGGUGAGAAGCGAGAACAAACCAGAAAGCUAGAAGAGGUAUACCUAAAAGUUGCAAGUCUUAAGGAUAUCAGGCAAUCUCUUGAGAGCGAACGAACACGUUUGCAGAACCAAAUAAGAGACUUGGAGAAAGAGCAGCUACAGACUGAGCAUCGUGUCCAAGGUCUACAAGAAGAACUACAAAAAUCUCAAUCAGCAAAUAGCCAGCAACAAAAUGAGGAGAAAGAACUGCAAGCUAGGUUGCUCAACGAAGUUGAAGAGAGGGAAAGAGCACAUCAAGAAAUUCAUUCGUUAAGAAAACAGAUGUCGGAAUUGGAGAGAAAUUUGGAACAGACCCGCCAGGAAUUAAGUAGGUCAAGAAACCACACAGCUCAGUUGGAAGAGCAGUGGCAUGCUCGAGAACAAGAUUUACUUCUUCAUCUUGAAGACAGCAGUGUGAAGGAAAAAAAACUCGAAGAUCAAAAACAUAAUCUAGAAGUCUGUUUAGUAGAUGCUACACAACAGAUACAAGAGCUGAAGGCUAAGCUUGGAGGAGCGGAAGGAAGGAUAAGGUCAUUAGAAACCCAGUUGGCUCAAUUGGAAUAUUCAAAAAGAGAAGUAGAACAAAAGUUGAGCAGUGUGAUCUCAACUCUCAGAAGGAUAGCUGGUAUACAACUAGAUGGGAGUGUUUCAGUACCUUAUAGACUGCUCAGUCCUUCAAGACGAUGGAGUCCAUCCAAAGUCCACGAUGAUAGCAAGGACGGGGUUACCAACAUAGACCCUGAAGUUAUAAAAAAAGGGGUGAGAAAUUUGAUGCAACAAGUAGCUCAAACAGAACGAGAAAGAGAUGACUUUAGAGCUCAGUUGCAAGCGACAAAGAAACAGUUGCAAGAGAUCCAAGACAGCCAAACUAAGUGUGACAAUAAACUGGGUAAGACUCUACAGAACCUAAGGGUCGUGCAAGAGGAAAAAAGUACUCUGGAAGCCAAGCUGGGACAAAAAACUAUCGAACUACACUCACAGACUGAGGCACUGCACAAAAAGAAUGAAGAGGUGAAGUUACUACAGCAAAAGGUUAUAUCAUUGGAGUUAUCAGUGAGCACUGGUUCUGACGAAAAACUCCAAUAUGAAGAAAAACUAGAGAAAACGAGGAUGGCUUUAGCUAGACUCGAAGAUGAAAAAAGAAAUCUACAGGAUGAAUUGGCCAGGUGCGAAAAUAGAGCAACGAAACUUGAACUGCAACGCAUGUCUGCUGAAGGAGAUCUACAAAGGCUUCAAAUGAUGUUGCAAGAAAAAGAUGGAGUCAUACAGAAACUGCAAGAAAAAAGCGAUAACCAAGGCCGAAUGAUAGCAGGUCUGGAGGAAAGAUGCAUAUCAUUGAAAUCUACUAUAGACCAGAUGACAAUCAAUCUAGAGAAGGCUUCACAAUCCGAAUAUGACUUAAAAUCGGAAAUACAGAGCUUACAGAAAGCUCUCAAUGAAACGACUACUGCGUCACAUACUAGCGUGGAAAGGCUCAAACAGUUACAAAAGCAACAAGCCAACAGCGAAAAUGAGCGUCGCGUUUUGACUGAGCGUUUUGAGGCAACUCAACAGAACCUGGCCGAGUUGCGCAGGAAUAACCAGAUUCUACAGGACCAGGUUGCCCGUCUCAAUAACGAAUUGGCCAAUGUCGAAGUACAGAAGGCGGGGCUGGAAUCGCAACUGCGCAUGUCCCACUGGGACGGAGGAGGAGGUGGAAGCAGCGGAGUUAGUGCUUCCCAUCACGAGGAGGAGUUGCGUUCACAGCUGCACCAGCUGCAGAGGGAGAGGAGUGACAUGAAGGGGAAACUGGAUGCGCUGAACACUAAGUUGAGACAAUUAGAAUCCGAGAAUAGCAGACUGGAAAGACUGGCAGGCAAAGGUGUCUCAACUCCAUCUCUACGCACCAAAUCCUAUGAACAUGCGGAGAAGUACGAAUUAGACUCGACCAUAUCAGAACACCAGAAGUGUCAACAAGAAAUCAAAGAACUAAGAACGAAAGUAAUGCAGCUGGAAAAUGUGAUUGCAGAUAAAGAUGUCGAGAUAUCCAAACUGAGACUACAACGGCCAAGUUUGGAAGUUAAGUUUGACAGGUCAGAAGUAGAAAGGUACAGGGCGGCACAGUUACAGGCUGAGAAGCUGCUAGAUGCCCGGGAACAGAGUCAUAGACAACAGGUCGCUAGAUUAGAGAACCAAGUAUCCUUGCUACGAGAGCAGCUCAACCAAGAGAUAAAAAGGCGUCAACAAUAUGUACUUCGGAGCACCAAAACCGAUCGUGAGAUGCAACAACUUCGUCAAACGUUAGGGGAUUCUCUGAGAACUGUCUCGCAAGAUCCCUCCUUGGAUGCUCUACUUCUGGAGCAUGAAGCCAGGAAGCUGGACAAUACGCUAUCUACAACUGCCAGUUUACCGCCUGCCUUCUCAUCGUCGUACCUCAGGUCGUCUACACCCCUACCCAAGUGAUAGUUUUUGUUGAUAGGGCAACAAAAAGCGUUUUAGCAUCUGAUAUCAUGACAUGAUGAGCCUUAAAAAAAAGGGGAUUCAUCUACGUCGAACAAAACUGAAGAUUUUUUAGGAUACAAUGCUGAAACUUAGUCCACCAAACAACAGAUUCGUUUGCAAAACACUGCCAGUAUUUUUAAUGUAUAGUCAAAUUUCAAAUCGAUGGAUCCCAAAAAUACCUAGUCGUACUCGUGUUAUUUUAAGUAUUCUGUGAGUUUGUUUAGUGAAUGGAUAUUCUAGAAAACAUUUAUUUUCCGAAUAUUAGUGCAUUUUCAAAACCCUUCUACGUAGUUGAGGACGAGAUAAAAAUAAAAAAAAUAAAGCAUAGUGUGUGAAAUGUUUGCACUGCCAUAUAAUACUUGUAAUACAUUUUGUAUUGAAAUGUACCUACCAUAAGUUUGUCAACAAAACAGGAUAUUUCGGUUUUAGACUGCCACCAACGCAAGUAUUUUAUAUUAAAUAGCAAUUAUUAUAUUCGUCCUUUGUAUUUGACACACAACACAAUCAUUUUUAGAUAAAUCAUUUCCAAUAAUGAAAGCAAAUGAACAGUAGUCAAUGUAUUUAAAAAAACGUCGACUUUUUGUAAUUUUGUGUAAGGC